UAUUUUCCUAUUGUUUGAAGGCAUGACGCGAAACGUCAUGCUUCUGUGAGCAUCAGUAUAGAAUAUAAAAGGAAGUGAUUAUGAUAGAAUAAUCCUUCACGUUCUCGCGCGGCAACUACAACCUAUACACUUGACUGAACUGCAGAAUACGUUUUUCUUAUUCAUUACUUCGAAGUCUAUUGCUAUCUAUUGGAGAAAUGUCGACUUUCAGCCCAAAUACAGAUGGUCAAGUUGGGCAAGUCUUUGAACAAUUAAAAAGUUAUAUUGAUACACGAUUAAGCAAUCUCGAGAAUUCUUUACAAUCGGCGAACCAUGAUCAACCUGAAACGAACGACAUUCAAGCGUCGACUAGGAAAUUACAACGAGAGGCUGACGCCUUUAAAGUUUAAGUAUAAGGCGAACGCCAAACAGUUUAUCUAUAAUGCUGAAGUCAAAGAUUUGGUUGUUUCCAUGGUAGAACAUCUUGCGAAAGAAAAUCCUCAUCGCGAGCAGGCGUUGGAAUACGCUAAAAAAGCUUUGGUAUUGAUACAUAAGCGCCAGAAGUUGAUUAAAUUGGCCAAUAAAAGUGAUGCGCGUUGGCUGGUCGUCGAGGAAUAUGAAAGUGACGAAUUGGCUGAUGAUUCGGAAGACGACAAGAAAUCCGGAAGGCACAAGAUAAAGCCGCCAGGAAGAAACAGCAAUUGCUGCAAACUAAGAAUAAGCGACAGCGAACGAACUCUUACGAGUUUCCCUAUGGCGCGGUGUGAGGUCGCCAGCUUUUUCAAGGUAAUUGUGUGCAGGUCGCUUGCUUUCUUUGUAAUUUCAAAUAGGCUUGUUUGCUAAGACAAGCCUAGCCUAUAAUAACAAACUAGUUUGGUUAUUGUAUUGUGUACAGAGGAAUGGCGAAUUAAUAGGAAAAUGCUUUUCAUUCGGACGAAUACCAUGAGGGAGAAUGAAAAUAUAUUUUCCUAUUGUUUGAAGGCAUGACGCGAAACGUCAUGCUUCUGUGAGCAUCAGUAUAGAAUAUAAAAGGAAGUGAUUAUGAUAGAAUAAUCCUUCACGUUCUCGGCAACUACAACCUACACUUGACUGAACUGCAGAAUACGUUUUUCUUUUGUUUUAUUUAUAGGUAUGAAGUUGAUCUUAAUUUUAUUACCCAUACUGCCUUGUCCAGUACGGGGUAUAGACUAAAACAACAAAAAACAGUUUGGGGAAGCGAUCGAGGCUUCCAAAUUUAUUCUAAACACGAUACGUGAAGGGUAUAAGAUUUUGUUCUUAGUUGAACCAGCAUAUUCUUUCAAGCUGAAUAAUCGUUCAACAAAAUCGCAUAGCGAUUUUGUUAGUGAUGCAAUAAAUGAGUUAUGAGAAGGAGACCGGAUUUCUAAAGUAAAAUGUAGACAUGAUUACAUGUAAUCAGUACUCUCUCAGCGUCAGUUCAGCCAUCAGGGGAGACAAGACUUAUCCUAAAUCUAAAAAAAUGCCUUUACAAGAAGACGGUAAAGUUUGAUGA